AUUUAACUUUUAUCUGACAAAAUAUUAACAACCUUGACUCGCGAUUAUAUUUUACUCGCGUAUAAUUUUUAAAUAUUGCUUUAAAUUUACUUCAUCAAAAUUAUUGACAAUAAGAAGAAAGAACGAAGAUGAAGUUAAGAAGAUUAAACAUCUCGGCGGGAAUAUUUGUGGUGUUGGUUUUUGGUGUGUUAUCUCAAGAUCGUACGCUACCUCCGAUGAAAACAGAUGAGGAAGGAAGGUUUACACUACCCCCAAUGACAACAGAUGAGGAAGGAAAGUUUACCCUACCACCAAUAAAAACGGACGAUGAAGAUAAGUUUACACAUCCCCCAAUGAAAACAGAUGAUGAAGGGAAGUUUACACAUCCCCCAAUGAAAACAGAUGAUGAAGGGAAGUUUACACAUCCCCCAAUGAAGACCGACGAUGAAGGGAAGUUUACACAUCCCCCAAUGAAGACAGACGAUGAGGGGAAGUUUACACAUCCCCCAAUGAAAACAGAUGAUGAAGGGAAGUUUACACAUCCCCCAAUGAAGACAGACGAUGAAGGGAAGUUUACACAUCCCCCAAUGAAAACAGAUGAUGAAGGGAAGUUUACACUCCCCUCAAUGAAAACAUUUACAGAUCCACCAAGGGAAGAUAGGCUAUUGAAAAUUCUAAUUGACACGAAGAUUAACGUUAUACAAAAUAUUGGAAAAGUGUUUGUAAGAAACGGCAUGGAACCAAUGCAGUUGAAAAUGAUAGUUACUGGUAUUGGAGCAAAUGAGGAAUGGAUGUGUAUUUCAGAUAAAGACAUAAAGUCUCCAGUUGUCUUGGGUAAUCAAUUGGACCCUAUCUGCAAAUUGAGGUUUAUGCAAAAGGGUUUUUGCACCAUAAAAACUUUAAAUGUUACAGCUCAAGCAUUGUCAGGAAUAAUGUCAGGAAAGGAAUUUAAACUAACGCUAGUCUGGUUAUCAUUAAAUUUUCCAAAACCAAAACAAUCUCAGAUCAAAACACGCCAGGUCAGAGAGCGCGUUUUUGAUACAUCAAAAUCCUCAGCUGCUAAUUAUCAAGGAAAGUCAUUGAAUGUUGAUGAGUUUGGAAUAGAUGAUACUCCUUCUGUUAAUAAAUGCCCUAAGCUUCCAAAAGAUAUCCAAGAUCUUGUUGAUCAUGACAAAAAGAAGAAAUGUGUAGAAACAGGAACGUUUUUAGUUGGUUGCAAUGGUCCUUCUGAUGGAAAAAUAGAAAUCCAUGAAAAACGUAAUACCAGCAUGCCUACUAAAACUCCACCAAUGAACUACACUCUAACUCCAAAAAAUGGAACCGUUAUGGAUUUUGAAAAAUCACAAACAAUGUUUAAGAGACAUGUUGUCAAGUGUGCAGAUCUACUCUACCGAUCUGUUUUCAUUACAAAAAACACAAGCUUUACUUAUAUACCUCCUUAUAACAGCAAGCAGAAUGUUACACUGAAAAUUAGAUUUGGAUGCUUGAUUCAUACAACACGUGGUAAAGAAAUCAACCGAGCUAUUAACAACAGAGAUGAUGAUGAUACACAUAGUGUAAAGGUAACAAUAGCAAUUGAAAGAACAAAACAAAAACCGAAAUGUUUGGUAGGUAAAGCAUUUGCCCCACCAAUUCCGGCAGAUCUUAGCCAAAAUGAAGGUUUUCCUGUGGAGAAGCUUCUUUUUUCAAAUCCAAAACUCUAUCAAAGAGGAUUUCCCGAUAUUCAAAUGAAGGGGAAAAAAUUGAUGGAAGAUAAUCAUGACAAUCUCAAUGCUGGUAUUGCUAUUUUUGGAGUUAAUAAUGGUGAAAUUGGAAAUUUCCAAUACAAAUGUGGUAAUGGAGAUUUUGCCAAUAUUGAAAUUGCAGACAAGAAAGUCUUGUUGUUAAAGCGAAAGUGUUUAAUCAGGUUUAAACCAGAAAAAGAAGAUGUGUCAAACACGCAGUCUGUGCAUCUUCUAAUGCGUUGCUGGGAUGGAAGUGAUAACAAGACGGUUGGUACCCACGAUAAGUCGGAAAUUGACUUCUCUAAAGAUGCGUAUAGUAGUGAAGACACAAGUGUUGAAAUUUUACGCACUGGUUGUGACGGACGUGCUGGGUCUGGUAAGAAGAAAAACAGAUGUGAUGAAUGCUCACUUUAUGAAUGUAAACCAAAAUGUGAUAAUGAAUACAAAUCAGAUGCUAUACAAGUUUGUGAUGAAUGUAUACUUGGAAAAACUGGUAAACAAAUGAAUGAAAGUAAGUUAUUCUUUGAAAAUGGUGAGAAAAAAUGUUGUUCGCAAAGGCUGGUGUGUGGUAGAUGCCCGGAUAGACAUCCUGUCAAGCAGGAUUGUAACCAGGAUCCAAUUUGCAACCGUGCUUUUGCUGCAGUUAAAAAAUGUGGAGUUUGCGUUGGUGGAAGGACUGGACGUAAACCAGAGGAUGUGCUUAACUCUUGUGGAAAAUGCAAAAAUGAUGCUAAUGCUGACGAAGAGUGUGCUAGCUACAUCAGUGAUGUUAUUCCAAAAUCUUCACAUGCUUCGGUGUCUACACAAGUUUAUCAAAUCUGUGGAUAUGCCCAUGAAACACCCAGAGAAGAAAUUCACUGUGAAUUGAGAAAAAAAGACUCUGAUGAAAAAUGUGUAUUGGAAAAAACAUGGUUUAAAAGAAUUAUUGGCCAAAUGGAAUGUCAGCCAGCAAUGCGUAAGGAAUGUAUAUCAAGGGCUAGAUAUCAAUCGUGCAGCCCAGGCAAUUAUACUAUGGUAUGCACUGAUGCAGCCGCGACUGAGGUUUCGUUCAAUGAAGAUAUUGUUUUAAAGGAAGACAAAGAUAUUGUAAUCACUGGAAUAAUUCCAGCAUCAGCUUCACUUGGCCAAAAUAAAAUUCUAAUUGCUGGUGCCUUCUCCCUGCGCAAUAGAUAUUUUUGUAAAUUUGGCAGCAUGAAACCACAGAUGGCAAAACACAACGCAACUCAUGUCCUUUGUCAAUAUUUUGCUAAGAAAGUUGAAAGGAACAUUCCUAUCAAAAUCAUUUCCUGUGCCAAUCAAUCAUCAAAUGUACUAUUCAUGAACGUAGGAUGUGACAUGCCCAUGAUACAAAAAGUGAAGUUAGGAAAGAAAUUUACAUACAACAUUUUCUUUAAUCAAACAGUACAGAAGAAUGUGGCACAAGGAUGUGAAGACUAUGUUCAAAUCACUGGGAAAAAAAUUGGUGUGAAUAGCGUGCAGGGAAAUAAAAUCUCCAUUCCUAAAAAAUGUUUUGCUUGUCCUGGAAGUACUUUAACUGAUGCACCGGGUGUUUAUGAAGUAAGCAUACCUGAAACCAAAUGUGCAAUUGGUGGCAUGGAUGUUGUCAGCACAUGUGGUAACUUAAAACUUAAUGCAAGAAUGAAGAAAAUAAAGACUGUACGAUGGUCAGUGCAAUAUAAGAAUGGAAAUCCUGCUGAUGACAAUAAUGGAGCCAAACUGGCAAAAUUAAAUGCUACCCUUGGUAGUAGGAGAGGAAUAUUUGCCAAGAAUAAUGCAUCAAUAUGGUCAAUUCAUGGGCGAAAAUUUGUUUUUAAAAUGUGUGCAAUGAAUAAUGCUGAUAUGGAAUGUUGUGCAGAAAAAGAAGUUUUAGUAAAUAGCUCUAUCCAGGCUGAGAUUAAGUUUCUGGCUAACAAAGGAAGGAAAAAGGCAGAUAUCAAAAUGUUUGCUGCUGUUAAAUCAUGUAAUGCACGAAAACUGGAAUACAAAUGGAUUGUAAAAGAAAACAAUGAAGUUCUACCAUUAACUUCUUACGAGCGAAAGUUUAUUAUCAAGCAACGCGAAGAAGGGAAAGUAAACAAAGCUCGAAAUCUCACAGUGCAAUUGAUGGCUAAAAUACCUGAUACCAACAUUAUGGCAUUAUCUAAACAAAGGAAUAUUUCCAUCCCAGCUAUCCUGUUAAAAAUCAAACUUGCUGGAGGUCGUAAAAAGGUUUAUGCUAAAUGUGAUCAAAAAAGAUUCACGAUUCCAUCAAAACUAAAAGCUGGAGCAGCUGCACAAUUCAAAUGGAGUUGUUUCGUGAAAGGUGAUGAUGGAAGUGAUAUGAGCAGAUGUAUGGAAAAUGCCACAAAAGUUUUGGAGUUUCCCAAUUUACCUGACUUGACAGUUAGCCCGAUGAAUCAUUUCCAAUGUGGUGGGAUAUACACCAUCAAACUCGAGUAUCUGCUUAACAAAGAAGCCAUUGAUUCACAGUCUAUUGAUGUCAUAGUCCUAGACGAAGCACCACCCAAAAUCAAAUGCAAACCUCCUAAGGAAACGAAAGACGAUGCUUACCAAAUUAUGUGCAAAGUUGAAGGUGCAAAGGCAGAUGCUAUCAAGUUAAUCAAUAACAUUGAUGAUGCAGACUUCGCCGUUGAUUUAAAUUCGACGAAGGCCCAAAAGACUAUACAAAUUAAGAGGGUUGGCAAAAAGAUAGUUAAAGGCGGUUUCGACAGAGAAGUUAACAUCAUCAAGAUGCAUCUCAAAAAAGAAUGGCUUACUGAGAAUUCGAAAUAUAAAUUUGAAGCCAGUGCGAAGAACGAGAAUGGUGAAAGUGAGCCUGCUGUGGUUGUAGUUGAACACUCUGGUCCUCCAACUGGCUGUAUACUCAGUGUUUCUCCGAUGGAGGGCAUAGCAUUUGACACGAAAUUUGAAGCUUUUGUUGAAGGCUGUAGUACUGGUGAUGACGGAGAAGAAGAAGACGAAGAAAAUGACGAUGAGGACGGAUUGGAGUAUCAAAUUGGACCAGUUUUGGAUGGCAAGUUGACUGCUGAACCAUUCAGUGGGGAGUUCGAACAAAAUCUUGAUGUUCUACCACCAGGCGAUGGUUCUCGUGGACAACUAAAAAUUAGAGCGAUAGUCAGAAAUAGAAGGGGGAAAUUUGUUAAAUUGGAAAAAACAGUGAACUGCACUAAGCCUAAUAUUGAAAACAAAGAAAUCUUCAGGCAGAGAAAUAACGAAACAAGAAUAAAUCUUGAAAAUGGAAACUAUGAAAAAGCUGCAAAUUACAUUGCAAAAACCAACGAGGGUGUUGUAAAACUCCAGGAUGAAAAAAACAAAGAUAAAACUCAAUGUGAGCAACUUUCUGAUGAAGCAAAAGUUCGGCGCAGUGAAAGUGCUGAACAGAUGGCACAGGCGUCCAAUCCAAACCUGGGAAAAGCUAGUGUUUUAUCAGGUGUGGCAGCUCUUGUGCGGAAAAACUGUCCCAAGGAUGAAAUUGUGUCUGAUAAUCAAAAGGCAGCAGUUGUAUCUUCCUUGAAAAAUAUGAAAGAACAGAAAGCGGCCCCCGCAAGACGUAGGAGAAGAAGCGUAGGCGAAGAAGAAGGCAACGAAGAAGAAAGCGCUUCCUUUGUUAGCGAAGCUGAGGUUCUGAGUUUUGUUGAAACUCAUAACAAUCUUCUCCUACCAGUUGGCUACACAGACACUGACACUUCUGCUAAACAAGAUUUUAUUGAAGAGUUGCCUUACUAUCUCAAAUCGCUAUGCGACAGCUUGAUUUCUGAUCCACUCAAUGCUACAGCAGAACAUAUUUCACUGCAUGCUUCCAGGCUGGAUAAUUUGACGGAGAUGACAUUAACUACACCCCUUGGUGACGCCAUCAUGAUAAACGGCGAAAUUGCUAAUAAAUAUAGCUACUGGAAUUGUUCGUCAGCUGACUACUGCGAUGGAGUGUUUUUUGUUGCUUCAUCGCUUACCUUUGAUGCUUUAAGUCUGACGGAGCCAAGCUCUGAUUUCACACUGGUUUCUAACUUGGUCAAAGCUGAAUUUGCAAAUCCAACUGGAGAAGGUGUGGACGGAACUUAUGACUUCAUCCAAGACGAGUCAAUACCGUCUAAUACAAAAGUUACUCUGGAUAUCUCAGCGCACAACAUUACUGGAACUGUACUAUGUCAUGUGUGGCACGAAGGGGUGUGGUCAUCUGACCAUUGCAGUACAUUAAACGCUGAUAAUAUGAAUGGCAAUGCUGACUGCAAAUGUUAUAAGCAUGGAUUCAUCGCUGCAUUUGAUGUGCCAGAAAUCAUCCAAUCGCUUGAGGAAACCACUACCACCUUUGCUCCUACCACUAACCAACAGUCUGUUAACUCCAGCGUAACAAUCACCACCACCACAAGAAAUGAUAACAGCAACCCAACCACCACCACAACCACUCGUUCCACAACAACCAAAAAGAUUAGUCCUGAAUUGAACCGAGAGUCCACACUUUCAUUUAAAUUUAACGCUGUUUUCAAUGACGUUAUCGACAAAUUUGGCAACAAGACCGCCGCUGAGAAAUACAUUUGCGAUACAGUUCGAAACGACCUGAAGUUAAACAGCGAAGAUAUACGACGCUGUGAUAUCAGCAGUGGUAGUGUGAUUGUCGUUCUUGUGCUGUAUCAAAACGAAGAAGAUACCAACUCGACCUUGCAACAGUUUGGAACUCUGGUUCAAACCAACACUUUCACUGUGGAGCUACCUGAUGGGACAAAGAUGCAUACCAUCGAAGAUUCUGCUUUGCUUAAUGGACAGCAACACAGCGUAGAGCUACCUGAUGCAGAUGAUGAUGAUGAGGACGAUGAAAACUACGGGGUGGUGAUUGGUGUUGUUGUUGCUUUGCUCGUCGUGGGUGUCAUCAUAAUCAUCGUGAUUGUUGUUGUCGUGAAGCAGAAGAAAACAAAGAAGGUCGCCCCAUCUCCCUAUCCAAGUUAUGCUCAAAUGAGAAGUCCAGACACUCAGGAAAAGCAGAAUCCUCAGAGUCAUGCAGGAUACGAAAAUUUAAGACAAUCGCCUGAAGGUAUACGCGCCGAGCCUGGUAUCAAUAACCCCACAUAUAACAGUGAAUGAAUCAACUUACCAUGUCCACACUGUAUGUAGUGGACAAAACUCGUACAAAAAUGUUGCUUUAGAUAUUGUUUUAAAGGGUUUCGAUUUAGCAUGAAAAUUUUUAAUAACCACAAUUAAGUGUUUGCACUUUUUUAAAAAAAAAAAGAAAAGAAGUUUAUUCCGUGGGGUCGAGCACAGUGGUCCCUUGCUCGUUUUCCUCUCCUUCGAAAAUUUCUAUUUCUCAAAUAAAAUUUCCAGGUCUUCUCGAGUUUGUGAUUUUUAUUUUGUUUAAAUCUUCGAAAACAUUACAUCGGACGAAAAUUUAGAAAGCAAGAUAUCUUACCCGACAUUUUGCGAUGCGAUACCCCGGGUUUACUUCUCGUUUUAGUACUUUGUAUUAUAUUAUUGUGUUUAUAUGUAUAUGCGUUUGUAAAUAAAUGGCGAAUUUUAUUAAUAAGCUUUUGUUAUAAACAGAGCUCGUGCAGAGUUUGGAAAAAGCUGGAAGUGAUGAACUUUAGAUUAAACAGUUAAGAAAAAUCUAAAAUAAUAAGAUAAUUCCAAGUGAAAUUUUAAAAAUCUAACUGACAGGUAAUAGAUUUUAUUUUGAUCCUUUGGCAAAGUAAAUGGUGAAUGGAUCAAUGUCUUCAACACGGUGAUAAAUUUUGUUAUGGAUGAAUGAAAAAUCCUGGGUAUUUUUUUUUUCCGAAUCUGUUCGAACGUUAAAGUAAUAUACAAUUUUUUUAGAAAGCUUUUUAAAAAGUUUGCGUUGUGUUAAGAAUUUUAACAUUGUAUAUAGAAUGUUUUGCAUAUAUUUAAGAUGUGUUAUUUUAUUCGGAAUGUAUGCAGGGUAAAUAUGUUAACUAAUUAGUUUUUCUCUAAGAAUCGUCUUUAGACAGAUGAGAAUUUGGUUAAGUAUUUCUUUUUUGAUUAAAGGCUGGUUUACUUAUGCCUUGCAUAUAUAUUUAGGGCUGUAUCUUCAUUGCUAUAUUGUAUAAUACACCUAGUUUAAUGUGAGAAAAAAUGAAGAAAAACGUA